UACAGAAUAUUCAUACACUGAUGACCUUGAACACAGUUGUAAACAACUCUUUUUAUAACUACCGGCCGCAUUACCGUCAUGCCUUCGUGAUUUCAAAGCAGCGAGUUGCUUGUUGGACUGACUUGAAUAGGAUGUAAGGUGAUUGUUCUACCACUCCGACGAAACAGUAAAAGUGACCAAAACUCCACAAUGUCUAAAUCGUUACCUGUGUUAGCCUUAUUUUUAACGUUGAUGGGCGGAGUAUUCAUCGUGAUUGGUUUAGCUACGCCUAAUUGGAUAACCCGGAAUUCUGGGCAGUUCCACCAGGGCCUCUGGAAGUAUUGUGCCAAUAACAACCCCUGCUUGAAGCUUGAGAGGGGACCAGAUUUUGCAGGGUGGCUACAGGCGGUCCGUGUGUUAGACAUUCUCGGUUUUCUCAGUUUACUGGUUGGCCUCAUUCUGUUGGUAAACUACGUGAGACAAGAUGAAGGCCCACAGAGUCUCUACAGAAUCCGAAACAUUAUUGCCUUCUGUGUUGUGUCUUUUUGUUUCACCAUGUCCGGCAUAUUUCUAUAUGCUGCAAAGAAAAACCAGGGCUUCUUCGGAGGUCGGCAUGAUCCGAACGAGUACGAUUUUGGAUGGUCCUUUAUUCUUACGGCUGUUGGAGGAGUGCUCAUGUUCGGAAAUGCUGUGAUUCUGGUGAUUCAGCUUCGCAAAAAUACAGAACUAGGAACGUACGAGUCCAUCUGAAACUAUUGUUGCCAUCGUGCCAUCGUUUUGUUUUGAAGCUUGAACAGUUUAUAUGUCAAGUUUUGAGUGUUGUCUUGUAAGCCUUUACUCCAGCUUUUCUUUUGAACUGAAGACGUUUUCUUUUAAGCCAAACUACUUUGUUUAUUAUAUAUAGUCAAGUGGUAUUUCAAAUCGAUGGUUUCGACUUGGUGGUCUCUAUUACCAGAUUAUGACCACAAAAGUAUCUCAUUGGUUAUAUGAUAAACUAUCUUACAAUGUGUUCUAUACUAUAGCAAAUUUUUAUUUAUUUUUAAUUAUAUGAGAUAUACAUACUUUAAGUUUUAUAUUAAAGCACUUGUACAUUCCUUUGAAUUCAACUAUGACAAUUUUAGGAAAUCGUUGAGAAAUGACUUAAGAUGGUUUAAGAAUUUCAGCCCGUGUAUGAAACUGUUUUAAAAUCAGCAAUUGUAAGAUAUCACAUAUUCAGGAUAUUUUACGGAUGUUCAUAUAAAUUACUGAGUAUAUUUUAAUUCUCAGGUCAAAAUGUAUGUGUUGCAAGUUCAACCGAUAUAGUGACACUGAUUGGUAAAGUUAAAACAUGUUUUUUUUUCAAGGGGAUUUACCUUCAACGACAAUAAUAAGUAUAAGGUUUCUCCUUUCAUUUUAUAUCUUGUAUUUCUUUCUUUUAGCGGUUUAUAUCUAUAUACGAUUAUCCAUAUUCAAUGUAUCAGCAUAUUUUCCGUUCUUUUUACCCCAAGUCUUUUGAAAAAAAAACUGUAUGAAAAUGAAACAUAACGAUACGAAAAUUUACCUAGUGAAAGAAGGGCUGCCUAAAACUCUAAAAUUUAAAGGCAUCUUUUUAAUCAGAGAUGCUCAAAAUAUGUCUUUCCACUACCAAAAUGAUCGCCAAUCUUAGUGAACAUAUAAUUUAACUGCACCUUCGAACCUAUUCAUAAGAUUUCAAAUAAAACAUGAUCAGAG